AUGCCAGAGAGGCGGGCCGAGGAAAUCGCCAAAGACCCAUGCAGCAACUGGCCCUUUGUGGAAUGCAAUGGACAUGGCACAAUCAUUUCAAUAAGCCUGCGACGAGAAAAGCUGAGUGGCCAAAUCCCAGAGCAAGUCAGCCUAUUCCAGUCCCUGCAAUAUCUAGACCUUGCCCAAAACCAGCUGAGUGGCGAAAUCCCCAAGGAACUCAGCCAGCUCCAGUCACUGCAGAUGCUAUUCCUUGCUCAAAACAACCUGAGCGGUGAAAUACCUAAAGAGCUCAGCCUGCUCCAAUCCCUCACUGAGCUACACCUUGACCAAAACCAACUGAGUGGCAAAAUCCCCAAGGAGCUUGGCCAGCUCCAAUCACUGCAAACGCUAUCUCUUGCUCAAAACCCUCUGAAUGGUGAAAUCCCCAACGAGCUCAGCCGGCUGCAUUCGCUGCGGUGCCUAUACCUUGCCCAAAACCAGUUGAGUGGCAAAAUCCCCAAGGAACUCAGCCAGCUCCAGUCACUGCAGGACCUACACCUUGCCCAAAACCAGCUGAGUGGCGAAGUCCCCAAAGAGCUUGGCCAGCUCCAGUCGCUGCAGGAUCUAGACCUUGCCCAAAACCAGUUGAGUGGCGAAAUCCCCAAAGAACUUGGCCAGCCCCAGUCGCUGAAAUACAUGAUCCUUCAUCAAAAUCGGCUGAAUGGCAAAAUUCCAACGGAGCUCGGCCAGCUCCAGUCAUUACAGCGCUUACAACUUGCACAGAACCAGCUGAGCGGCGAAAUCCCCAAGGAGCUCAGCCAGCUCCAGUCACUGCAGUACCUUCACCUGGCCCAAAACAACCUGAGCGGCGAAAUCCCCAAGGAGCUCGGCCAGCUCCCCCUCACUGAGCUACACCUUGACCAAAACUACCUAAGUGGCGCAAUCCCCAAAGAGCUCGGCCAACUCCAGUACCUUACUGACCUACACCUGGACCAAAACCAGUUGAGUGGCCAAAUCCCCAAGGAAGUUGGCCAGUUCUUGUCACUGCAGAUGCUGUCCCUUGCUCGAAACCAGCUGAGUGGUGAAAUCCCCAAGGAGCUCAGCGAGCUGCCCUCGUUGGAGGUACUGCACCUUGACCGCAACCAACUGCAGGGCGAUUUGAAGGAGAUUGCAUUCAACAACGCCAACCUGAAGAGUCUUGACCUCAGUUUCAAUCUGUUGAGUGGAGAGCUGGGUAUGGGCUUGCCCCUCACUGAGCUUGAAGAGCUCGAUUUGAGCCACAACCAGCUUGUCGGAGACAUUAUGACAUUCAUCGAACCUUUCUGCCGUAAGAACCCUGCCGGGAUGUCAUUGCAGCAGCUGCGGUUAAACCACAACAAGCUCAGCGGUGAGUUGCCUCCAUGUUUGAUGCAGCUUAAGAAUUUGCAGCUCCUGGCUCUGAACAACAAUUACUUCUCGGGAGCCAUUCCAGAAGUCCAGGCACCCGAGCUGGUGGUGUUGGCUCUUCACAAAAAUGCCUUCACAGGCCAUUUACCAAAGGGGCUGGAAGAAUUGAAGCAUUUGGGAGUUUUCACCGUGCACGAGAACAUGCUUGUGGGUACAAUUCCCCAGUUGACCCUCACCACCCUGUGCAUUGACAACGCGCGAUUCAACAUCCAUUGGGCCACUUGCCGCCUUUUGAGCAAAUCGUACAAGGGAUGCUACAAUCCAGACCUCAUCAUCGACCUCCGUAUAUGGUACGCCUUCGGCACCAAGUUGUUUGGUCGAUAUGCACUGCUGGCAGUUCACGUCACCAUCAUGGGGCCAUGGGCCAAGCACUUUCUGCCUGUGGACCUGGCCAGACGUUGCUCCGACCCUCGGAACCCCCGGGAGCUGCUCCUUUGCUCCUUUGCUCCGAGCGACGAGCGGUUGGUCCAGACCGGCAGCGAGGUCGAAUCGAAGGCGGCGGAGCUGCUGAAAUCGCCACGCCCGGUGUGGCGUGGUGUGGCUGCCGCGCCGCUUGGGACUGUGAGCCGCGGAUGGGCGGGAGAGGGUGGAGAGGGGGAACUUGGCCAGCUCGACUCCCUGUGGAAUCUAAACUUUGCCCAAAACCAGCUGAGUGGCGAAAUACCCAAGGAGCUUGGCCAGCUCCAGUCGCUAGAGACACUAUCCCUUGCCCACAACCAGCUCCAUGGUGGAAUCCCCGAGGAACUCAGCCAGCUCAACUCCCUGUGGAACCUAGACCUUGCACAAAACCAGCUGAGUGGUGAGAUCCCCAAAGAACUCAGCAAGCUCCAUUCACUGCACAAGCUAUCCCUUGCUCAAAACCAGCUGAGGGGCAAAGUGCCCAAUGAGCUUAGCCAGCUGAAAUUACUGAGAAGCCUACACCUUGACCAAAACCAGCUGAGUGGUGAAAUUCCCCAGGAGCUUAGCCAGCUCCAGUCACUACACACGCUAUCCAUUGCUCAAAACCUGCUGAGUGGUGAAAUCCCCAAGGAGCUCAGCCAGCUCCAGUCACUGCAGGUGCUGCACCUGUCCCGAAACCAACUCCAGAGCGAUUUGAAGGAGAUUGCUAUCAACAACACCAACCUGAAGAGCCUUGACCUGAGCUUUAAUCUACUGAGUGGAGAGCUGGUGAUGGGCUUGCCCCCAACUGAGCUUGAAGAGCUCGAUUUGAGCCACAACCAGCUCGUUGGAGGCCUUUGGAAGCUCAUCGAGCCUUUCUGCCGUGGGAGCCCUGCCGAGAUGUCAGUGCAGCAGCUGCGUUUAAACCACAACAAGCUCAGCGGUGAGCUACCUCCAUGUUUGAUGCAGCUUAAGAAUUUGCAGCUCCUGGCUCUGAACAACAAUUACUUCUCGGGAGCCAUUCCAGAAGUCCAGGCACCCGAGCUGGUGGUGUUGGCUCUUCAUAAGAAUGCCUUCACAGGCCUUUUGCCAAAGGGGUUGGAAGACUCGGAGCGUUUGGGAGUCUUGACGGUCCAUGAGAACAUGCUUGUGGGUGCCAUUCCGCCAUUGAGCCUGACCACCCCGUGCAUCGACAACUCGCGGUUCAGUAUUCGAGGCUUGAGUUGCAGCUUUCUAGGCGAGAACGGAACGGGAGAAAGCCGAGAAAUCGGAUCGGAUCUGGGAGAAGCGUUUCCUGUGCAGGAGAUUCCCAUUCCAAGCGGGGGCUCAUUCAUUGCAGAGGUCAAGCCUUGUCGGAGUGUCGAGCCUGCCGAGGAAGAUGCGGCAGGAGAUGUGGUGCUCUGA